UAUUAUUGCAGUGUUAAAUUAUUUGGGUGAAAGAAGAAAUGAAAAGAGGAAAUACCCAAUCUUUAUUCAUGUCCGCAACAGACCAAAAGAGUGCAGUGCUAUAUAUAACGUGCUCCCCUUUUCCACUUCACUCCAUCUGAGAAAUUUCACUCUUUCUUCCUCAUCCAAUCCCGUUCCAGUCCAGAUGGCAAAGGAGCAUGGUGGGUCCCCAAAGCUUCAACAGCUGGAAACAAGGAGAAAACGCUUGACUUGGAUUUUGGGAGUAAGUGGCCUUUGCAUCCUCUUCUACAUUCUUGGAGCCUGGCAGAGUACAUAUUCUUCCGUCCCUUAUGUUGGUCAAUCUCAAGCCUCCUCGCGUGUUGGAUGCGAUACUAAUGAGCCAUCUGAAAAUCCAGCCACAUCAUCCUCAUCCUCAUCUUCAUUAUCAUUAUCAUCAUCAUCAUCAUCAUCAGUGCCGCUUGAAUUCGAAAGCCAUCACCAGAUAGCAGUCAAUGCUGAUUUGGAGGAGGAACAAAAGAACUUCCCACCUUGUAACAUGUCAUAUAGUGAGUACACUCCUUGCCAACAUCCACCUAGGGGAAGGAUGUUUCCUCGGGACAUGAUGAAAUACAGGGAGAGACAUUGCCCUAGAAAUGAAGAGCUCCUAAGUUGCCUCAUCCCUGCCCCUCCAAACUACAAGAGACCUUUCAAGUGGCCUCAAAGUAGGAAUUAUGCUUGGUUUGCCAAUAUCCCCCACAAAGAACUUAGCAUUGAGAAGGCCGUGCAGAACUGGGUCCAGGUUGAAGGAAACCGCCUCAGGUUUCCUGGGGGUGGCACUAUGUUUCCCCGUGGAGCUGAUGCUUACAUUGACGAUAUUGGUGACCUCAUUCCCCUCACCGAUGGGACCAUUCGAACCGCUGUUGAUACAGGUUGUGGAGUGGCAAGUUGGGGUGCAUAUUUGUUGAAGAGGGACAUUGUGGCUAUGUCUUUUGCUCCGAGAGAUACACAUGAAGCUCAGGUUUGGUUUGCACUUGAGAGAGGAGUUCCGGCUAUGAUUGGUGUUUUGGGUUCGCAAAGACUUCCAUAUCCGGCUAGAGCUUUUGAUAUGGCCCACUGCUCACGCUGCUUGAUCCCUUGGUCCUUAAAUGAUGGAAUAUAUUUAACUGAGGUUGACCGAGUUCUGAGGCCAGGGGGAUACUGGAUACUUUCAGGGCCUCCCAUCAACUGGAAGACACACUGGAGAGGGUGGGAGAGGACCAAAGAAGAUUUGAAGAAAGAGCAAGACUCGAUUGAGGAUGUUGCCAGAGGAUUGUGCUGGAAAAAGGUGACUGAAAAGGGUGACCUAUCUGUGUGGCAGAAGCCCAUCAACCACUUGGGUUGCUCUAGGACAUCAUCCAUUUGCAAGUCGAAUGAUGCUGAUGCAGCUUGGUACAAAGAUAUGGAAUCCUGUAUAACCCCGCUGCCAGAGGUAAACAAUGAGGGUGAAGUCGCUGGCGGUGCAUUAGAGAAGUGGCCAGAGCGUGCCUUCGCCGUUCCUCCCAGGAUAAGCAGUGGUUCAGUACAGGGCAUCACAACAGAGGCAUUCAAGGAGGAUAAUGAAGUGUGGAAACAAAGGGUGGCGUAUUACAAGAAAGUUGCAAGUCCCUUACACCAAGGGCAGUAUCGUAAUGUUAUGGACAUGAACGCUCACUUAGGUGGGUUCGCAGCUGCAUUGGUGAAGUAUCCAGUGUGGGUGAUGAAUGUAGUCCCUGCCAACAUACAUCCUGACACUCUUGGAGUGAUCUAUGAACGAGGCUUCAUCGGCACAUACCAAGAUUGGUGUGAAGCAUUCUCCACAUAUCCACGGACAUAUGAUCUCAUUCACGCGGGCAGUGUCUUCAGCAUAUAUCAGAACAGGUGUGACAUUGUGAACAUUCUUCUGGAGAUGGACAGGAUCUUGAGGCCCGAAGGGACUGUGAUAUUCAGAGACACAGUUGAGGUUUUGGUGAAGGUGAAGGGGAUAACAGAUAGAAUGAGAUGGGAAAGCCGGAUUGUGGAUCACGAAAGUGGACCAUUUAACCCAGAGAAGCUCCUUGUUUCUGUAAAAAGUUACUGGACUGGAAAAACCUGAAGGACAAGGAGGUAGACAGGCACGGCACAACCAAGCCGAAUAGCCGAACUCAUCCCAUCUCUAUGGUUGGUUGUCAGUUUAAGGUUGUUUUGUUGCUCCCACUCUUCCCACAGACAUUUUUUUAUUAUUAUAAUGAUACAUCUUCCACUUGCCAAUAAGUCUCUCUCUGUUUCCCCGUCUAACUAACUUGUGAAGUUCAAUCCCGAAAUUACCCCUUGACCCAUCCUUUCCCCCAAUGCCAUUCGUCCCUUCCGGUGACCCAAUCAGAAGACAUUAAAUAGUAUUGAAAGGCAAAGUUCUCUCAAGUCAACCGCCAUCCCGGAGACCAAACAAAUUUUUCUGGAGGUAAGCUCUGUCAUGCAAACAAGUUUGAGUCUUACUUCCCCACAUAAUGUACCAUAUUUUCAUAGUAAAUUCCUAUAGGUUGGUGUGAUACUACAUACCUGGUGUGUUUUUUUCUCCCUUCUCUGCAGUUCUGAUCAAACAUGAUCUGCAGAUUUUUUUUAUUUAUUUAUGUUUGUGUCUUUUGCAUUAAAUUUGAAGCAGUACUGGUAAAUUUAUAUGCAUGCUUAAAUGAAGAGUGAAUUUUGGGAUAUUUGCUUGUAG